UAUAAAUAGCAAUAUUAUAUUGUGUACUAGAUAGGGUGUAGGCAGCGCCAGCCAUUUGUAACAGUAUAUGUAGCAUAUUCCUCAACCUCAAAUUUCAUCAUAUCAUAUUGUAUAUGUAUGUUACGUUGCGAGAUGAGGUCUUAGCUUAAAUCCAAAAUCGAUCGCCUUUCUUCCUAGCAUUCAUCAUUCGCCAUCGUACAUCCUCUCUCCUCCUCAUUCCAAUCUCGUUAAGUUGUUUAUGCCCUAGCUUAUUGCUUUGUUUCUGUCUCUUUGCUUCAAUUCGAUUCAAUCGAGAUGAUGUACGAAGCCUCGGAAGUGAUCAUGAGAGCGGGCGCAGUAGUGGAUCCGCUCGGGAGGAGAUCGUCAUCGCUGCAAUUGGUGGCGCCGGAAAGAGAAAGGAGAUCGCCGUCGUCGAGACGAUCGCGAAGGGCGAUAAUCUCGGCGGCCGAGGAAGAGGGAGAAAGGCUGGAUAUCGUGGAUCUUAGCGGCUUGUCGCUGGAGGCUCUCCCUAUAGAUAUCUCUUUCAACUUAGCAGCCAUUAGCAAGUUAGACCUCUCCUGCAAUAAUCUUCAGAUAAUACCGGAGUCGUUGACAGCGAGGCUGCUAAAUCUAGUAGUAUUAGACAUGCAUUCAAACCAGCUUAAGUCUCUCCCCAACUCCAUGGGCUGUUUGUCCAAACUCAAGAUUUUGAACGCCUCCGGAAACAACCUCCAAUCUCUCCCUAAGACCAUUGAGAACUGCAGAUGUUUGGAGGAGUUGAACGUAAACUUCAAUAUGUUGAGCCAUCUUCCAGAGAGCAUCGGAUUUGAGCUAACGAGCCUGAAGAAACUGUCCAUAAACUCCAACAAGCUAGCCUUCCUCCCCCACUCCACCUCCCACCUAAGCAACCUCCGCGUCCUAGACGCCCGCCUCAACUGCCUGCGCCAACUCCCGGAAGAUCUGGAGAACAUGGUGAGCCUGCAGGUGCUGAACGUCAGCCAGAACUUCCAGCACCUCACCAAGCUCCCCUACUCCAUCGGCAUGCUCAUGUCCCUUCUGGAGCUGGACAUCAGCUACAACAGCAUCACCGUCUUGCCCGACUCCCUGGGCUGCCUCAAGAAGCUCCAGAAGCUGGAAGUUGAAGGAAACCCUCUGGUUUCCCCGCCCACCGACAUCAUCGACCAAGGCCUUCACGUCGUCAAGGAGUUCCUGUGCCAGAGGAUGAACCAUUCUUCUUCACCCUCCCAACGGAAGCCCUGGUCCUCCUGGUUUGGCAAGCUGGCCAAAUGCAGCACCUUCAAUGGCGCCAACAUGCCCCGUGGAGAUCAUAAUAAUAAUCUAAAUCGCAAUGGCGUCGCCGCCUUCACAAUCCCGGACUAUCGUUCCAUUGAUGGAAUGGCUUCCCCUAGAUACAUGGGGAUGUUCUCUCCCCGGAGAAUUUUCUCCCCCAAAACUUACUUCACAAGAUAGGGAUAAUAUAAUCCAUCCAGAAUCGAGUCACAGGUACGUACGUUAGUAUAUAUAGUAGGAAUAUAAUUACGCAUGUCUUCGGUACGUACGGUGGUUGAAACCAAGAUUCGCUUUCUAGUUUCUGCUGCAAAUUAAAGGAGACUUCUCAUUUCUCAAUUAUGUCCACUGCAUUAAUACUUGCCGGACUUAGCUUGUAUCUUCUACCGUUACAUAUGUACGGUAUGGACUACGGACUAGCAUGCAAGAAUAUUCAAUAAUCUUUUUAAUUAUAUUGUAUUUUUUUUUAUGAACUGGAUCAGACAGUGUUAUGUUCUUUUUUUCUUAUUUGGAGUAAUUUAAUUUUCUAAGAUCAUGUAAAUGUGUUGACAAGCUGCACAUGUAUAAAUAUUAUUGUACAUAAAUAAAAAAAU